AUUAAAUUCAAAUAAUUGAUUAUAUGUGAAUAUUUUGUAAAAUUUUGUUGUAAAUAAUUAUUGAUGGAGAAAGUUGUAUGGUAUACAGAAGUUAUAUAUAAAAUUUAAUAAGUGAUUUUUGAAGGAUCUCGAGUGAAAGUGUAUAAGCAAAAACUACUGAAAGUAUUGACAAUUUUAAUGAGUGAUAGUUUGUUUUAAUCCGUGCAACAAUAUAGUUAUAGUUACAGUAACAAACAAAAAUUUAAAUAAACGCAAACUACGUAAAAUUUAAUUACAAAAAUGGAUUUAUCUGCAGUACUUUACGUAUGUUUAAUAGCAUUGUGCACAUCAACGGGAAGUAAACCGAAACCUGGUCGAGGAAAAGGAUCCAUGUGGUGGGGUAUAGCUAAAGUGGGCGAACCAAAUAAUAUAUCACCACUUAGUUCAGGUAUUAUGUAUAUGGAUCCCGCCAUUCAUUCCACACUAAGGCGAAAACAACGACGUUUAGUUCGUGAUAACCCUGGCGUACUAGGUGCACUAGUAAAAGGCGCCAAUCUUGCUAUAAGUGAAUGUCAACAUCAAUUUCGAAAUCGGCGUUGGAACUGUUCAACAAGAAAUUUUCUGCGUGGAAAAAAUUUGUUCGGCAAAAUUGUCGAUAGAGGCUGUCGUGAGACUGGCUUUAUUUAUGCCAUCACCAGUGCCGCUGUCACACAUUCGAUUGCGCGCGCAUGCAGCGAGGGCUCCAUUGAAUCGUGCACCUGUGAUUAUAGCCAUCAGUCGCGAUCGCCGCAAGCGAGUCACCAAACAGGCAGCGUAGCGGGAGUUCGCGACUGGGAAUGGGGAGGGUGCUCGGACAAUAUCGGAUUUGGUUUUAAAUUCUCACGUGAUUUUGUAGACACUGGAGAACGCGGCCGAAAUUUGAGAGAAAAAAUGAACUUACAUAAUAAUGAAGCUGGCCGCAGUCAUGUACAAGCGGAAAUGCGUCAGGAAUGUAAAUGCCACGGUAUGUCUGGCUCCUGUACCGUAAAGACUUGCUGGAUGCGACUGGCUAAUUUUCGCGUAAUAGGUGAUAAUCUUAAGGAUCGUUUUGAUGGUGCAUCACGCGUUAUGGUCAGUAAUAGUCUAAGACAAAAUGGGAAUACAGUACCAAGUAAUUCAGCAAAUUCAAAUGGCAUUGGAAUGUCUAUUGGGGCUAUGAGCCCUAACGCAGCAAGCCCGAAUGCUUUCAGCGCAGAUCGAAUGAUUAAUGAUCAUAUGUCAGACCAUUUAAUAAAAAUACAUCCGAACAAACCACCUUUGAAUACCGUUAAUAACCCAAAUAGUUUGUCCCGAAAUUCGGUGCGCAGCCGUGGUCGUCAAUGGAAAAAGAACAAUAGAUACAACUUUCAGUUGAAACCGCAGAAUCCGGAACAUAAGCCACCUGGCCCCAAAGAUAUUGUUUACCUGGAACAGUCACCAAGCUUCUGCGAGAAAAAUUUGCGCUUAGGUAUACAAGGAACACACGGGCGUCAAUGCAAUGAUACAUCAAUCGGCGUUGAUGGCUGUGACUUGAUGUGUUGCGGUCGUGGCUAUCGUACACAAGUAAUCGACGUCAUUGAACGUUGCGCAUGCACAUUUCACUGGUGCUGUGAAGUCAAGUGUAAAACAUGUCGAAUAAAAAAAACAAUACAUACGUGUUUAUAAGUAGUGAUGAGUAUUUUUUAAAUCUCCGCCCGAUACCCUCUGAAGACAGUUAGGACUAAAAUGUUUCAAAGGAAAUGUAUAUAAGCUUUAAUAAAAAGUAAAUAAAACGGUUA